AAAGGAUCACUACUCCAUGCUGUACCGGCAACGGUUUAUCAGAUAUUUAUCUUUGAAUAUUAAAUUGUUAAAUUCGAAUAUGCUAAGCAAACAGCGUGUUCGCUUUUUUUUUGCUGUAUUCUUGAUCCUAUCGGGUGAUUAGCGUCUGCUUCGUCUUUCUGCUUAUCGUUAUAUCACGUCCACGACCGCCCUGCAACCCUUGUAUUCACUGCUAGCUUCAUUCUGCACCGGGAUGUCCCCAAACCGAUUGAGUGCACUCGAGCUUCUCCUAUUCCACCAGCCUCUGCUCAAAGACUCCUUCGGCACGGCCGGAGAUGAGGAAUAUAUGGACCACGCCGAGCCCGAUGAGCCAGACGGUCAAGUGGAAAAGGGCUAUGCCAUCCAAUCGAUCCGGUUCCAGUACUCCAAGCCGAGCGAGGUAGCCGAGACUGAGAGCAUCAUCACUUUCAAGGCCAUAGUGGUACUCUCAAGCUUGGCUUCCUUGAAAUUCCACCAGCUAUCCAUUGGGGGGUCCGGUAGUAGUAGUACCGGGCUCGGACCUGGUAGUCAAGCUCUGUCCGUCGGAACAAUAGAUCAAGGAAGCCGUCUCAUCAACAUUAGCCUGACUCUCCAGCAGUUAGACACCCAGCCGAUCGAAACUCUCAUCAACCUCAUUACCUCCCAACUCACCCGAAAACAAGAGCAGACUAAUGGCCCCAAAAGCCUCCCGGAAGCGGGCCUGGUGAUAGAUUUCUCUAGGCCAGAAGAUGAUCAAGGCGUCACUCAGUCAAAGGAUGAAGGAGCAAGCUGGCGAGCUCGGUCUCCAUGGGUGCUCCAAAUCAUGGAUCAUGCUCAUUUCAAGUUGACGAGCCACCCAGGUCCAGCAGGGAAGAUUCACCCAAACCUAGCCAGCUGGUUCCUCCUCCAUACCGUCCACUAUCUCGAUCAGAUAAGCAAACUGCUAUCCACACAGGACGAUGACACCCAAAAGAUGAAGGCGCACGGGACCCGUCUAUGCUCGCUUCCAUCAAAAAUCUCAGAGCAAGAGAAACAGCUCAUCUUGAAGCUCUCCAGGCCGGCCCUAACCGCCCACCAAAUCAACUCGAGCAGGCCGCCGUUCGUCCAGCACUUCUUGGGCUCGAAAUCGUUAGUCGAAUUGGUCCUCAGAUCGGCCCAGAUUAACGAGACCCUCGUCGCGCUUCAUUGGUUCGAAAGAGCCAAGCUUGCACAUCCAUCUGUUGUUGUCGCUCAUGGAGGCCCCGGCCAUGAAGACGGGCCCUUGGAAUUGAAGUUGAAUUUCAAGCAGUUUGCUCAUUACUCUUACAUAUUAUCAGAACAUCUCUUGAAAUUUAUUCGGGAAAUUCAAGAUAAGAAGCCAACCAACUUUCUAAGGAAUGAGAACCCAACAAUAUGUCUCCUGAUGAACAAAAACCCGUGGCUAGUUCUGAUCAUGUUUGCCGUCUCAUUGACCGGGUCGAGUUACUUGAACCUCGAAUUAUCCACUCCCAAGAACAGGGUCAAAUCUAUCUUGGCCGGGAACUUGAAGAUCUGCUUACUAUUAACAUUCGAGAGCUACGAUAAUAAUCAGAUGGAUUUCAAUCCGAAGAAUAAUUUACCAGAGCAAUUAGAAUUUGAAGAUAUUGUAGAUCUGUCUUCCUACUGUCAGGAUCUCCAAGCCCGAUUCGAACUGUCUGGGAAACGGCCAGGACAGGCGGGGGCUGAGCAAGACCAGUCGAGAGUUGUUAUGAAAGCCAAACGACCUCUGGAAAUAUUAGAGUUAUAUGAAUCAAGGAUGAGAGAGAUGGAAGAAAGAUAUCUCCUCCCAACCGGCCGGAACCAGACCGCUUACAUCGUCUACACUUCCGGCACCACCGGCCAGCCUAAACCCAUCAAGAUAUCCAACUCGAAUCUGCUCCAGUUCUUGUUCAACUAUUCCUUGAGGUUUCAGCGCAAAAAUGACGGCCGGACUCGGGUCUUGCAAUUCGCCUCGUACUCUUUUGAUGUUUCGGUGAUGUCUAUUUGGGACACAUUGGCUCACGGAGCGACGAUCUGUAUGACGACAGUCGAGGAUCUGAAAAGCGACCUGAUCGGGACGAUGAUUGACUUGAGAUGUACGACGGUAGAUCUGACGCCGACGGUGCUCCACGUCUUACUAGAAGACGAGCUCUUCAGAUCGACGCAGAAUUUGUCUCCAGAAAGAGUGGCCGAGAAGUGGACGGGCCGGGGGUUCUACUUGAAUCAUCUCAAUACGGGCGCUGAGCCCGUCUCAGCUGAUUUACGCAGACAGUUCCUCGCCAGAGGCGUCAGUGUGUGCGUUGAUUACGGGCCCAGUGAAACGACGGUAGGCGUCAUAAGCUCAUUGACCCUAGAGGACCGUCCGGGGUUACCCCUUGACGAUAUCGGACGGCCGACCGGGCUGAAUGAGAUCUACAUCCUCGAGCCUCAUCUAGCCGAAUUGGUGCGCUUGGGUGGGGUCGGAGAAAUAUGUGUAGGUGGGGCCCAGGUAGCUGGAGGGUAUACCGACAGCGCACUCUCGCUUGGGAAGUUUGUCGAGCUAAAGCUAGACGGGCCCGUCGAGCCCGUCCGACUGUACCGGACCGGCGAUCUCGGCAAGUUCCUGCCGACGGGAUCAGAAGGGUACGGCAGUAUCUGCUGUCUCGGGCGUAUCGACAGCCAAGUCAAACUAUCUGGCGUGCGGAUCGAGCUCGGAGAAGUCGAGCAGCGGUUGAACCAGCUUGCUAACCGAGUCCCCUCCUUGUAUGGACACCGUCUCCGGGUCGUCAUUUCCAAAUGGGAUGGGAAUAACACGCGCACGGCGGGUCUAGUCUGUUUCAUUGAGCUCAACCCUCAGCUUUGCAAGUUGCUCCGUCAUGACAAGGGUCUAUUUCUUGGUACACCUCCCCCGGUGGACCCAGAGCUUAAGAUACUUAGCUUGAGUGAGGACGGGGGAUGGUUCGAUGGAUUGGUCGGAGAAGUCAAAGAGGCCGUCCGGGACGACCUUUCAAGUCACAUGAUUCCUCGAUACUGGAUUGCGGUCAGUCGGAUCCCUAUUAACUAUGCCGGUAAGGUUGAUCGGCGAGCAUUGACCGGCUUACUGGAGGAGCACUUUUGCAGCGGUAUCCAGGAGCCAUCACGAACAGCCGGUCAUAACGGAACAGGAGAGAUGGGAAGGCUCGAGCAGAUGGCCUGCGAGGCUUGGAGUGUUGGAUUAGGCCGCUCGGGUCCGGCCAGUCGAUUUAAAGAGACAGACAAUUUCAUCAAACUCGGCGGCGACUCGAUCGGGAUGAUGCGUGCGGUAGGCCGGGUCAGAAGAAGUGGGAUCGGGAUCGAAUUUUCGACUCUAGCUCGGGCCGCCGAUUUCUCUGCUUUCCUCCGAAUCCUUCAAGAACAUGAGCAAGAAUCGAGCCGUAGUGAGCAAAACAUGAUUAAGGCGAGUACGAGGAGUUACGCGCCAUUUGAUCUGCUGACGGGCUCAGAAAAAGAGGCUGUUUUCGAUCACCUGGGUCAAGUCCAUUCGAUCACCAAGGAGGAGAUCGAGGACUGUUAUCCCACCUCACCACCUCAAACCGGGAUCAUCAGUGCUAGUCUGGAAGACGAUUAUCACAAGGAUGAUGUCGAGAAAGUCGGGAUCUAUUUCGCUCAAGCGGUUUAUGUCAUACAUCCAUCCUUCUCGAGCGAAUCAGUCGCUAGGAAUAUGCUCCAACUCGUCUCCAAUCAUCCCGCUCUGAGGACAAUUUUCGUCUGGCCAGAUUGCCUACCCGAUAUCUUUCAAAUCGUUUUGAAUUAUUCUAGUACAAGGAUUGCUAAGAAUAUCGAGAUUGUAAGAAUAGAAAAGGAAGAAGACUAUCGCUCAAAACUUGAUACUUACUUGAGAGAAGACAGAGAUCGAAGGAAGUUCAAAUGGGGAAGGCUCAGUGGAUCGAUAAGGAUCUUCGAAUGCGAGGACAGCAAACAGAGGAGGAUGGUCUGGUCCUUGCACCACGCUCUAAGUGACGGCUGGACGCUAGAAAUUCUGAUGAAAGAAUUGGGGGAAUUGUGUCGCCAAGAAGCAAGCCAGUCGGAGGCGAUACUGGCGGUGAGCCCGUCGCGGAGGACUCGGUAUAGUGCGUUUGUCGACGCUUGGAAGAAGCGUGCAGAGGUCCAUCAACGCGAGACCCAUCAGUUCUGGAAGGUCUAUCUGGAAGGAGUCCAGAGAAAUCCGACUGGCUCAGCUUGCACGACUACCCAACACAAAUCUGCAAGAUGGCUCGGCCGGAAGAAAUUGGAAGAGCUCAAGUUGAUCCAUGGGAUCACACCUGCGAUAGCGAUCAGACUAUCGAUCGCGAUUGGUUUGUUCAAUGCAGGCUUGGAUGGCCCAGAUGUAGUUUUUGGCCUGGUAAGAAGCGGAAGGGAGGUGGAGAUGGAUGAGGGCCGGUUGGCAGAAGACGUGGUGGGCUGCUGCGUCUCAGUCCUGCCGAUCCGAACGAAGCUCUGGGACGGCCAGUUUAGGCAGAUGAGCCUCCUGGAAGCCUUGGAGCAUGAGAAGCAGACGGAGAGCGAGAUCGGCAAGCAUCAGAUGAUAUCCGUCGGCGAGCUCGGCAGAUUGAUCGUUGGACACGGAGAAUGGCUCGACACGCUAGUGACCAUCCAGAGCUGGGACUCGGCGCAUCCAGAGGGACCCAUCAAGCAGCCGCCGGAGCUGAUACGAAUGCCCACCAGAUACAAGCUGAGCAUCGAAGUCAGCUUGGAAGAAGACAGGGACGCAAUCACCAUCGAUCUCUUCUACGACAACCGAUCCUUCAUCAACCGCAACGUCCUCCAUGAGGCAUGCGAUCCGGCUGACUCGAUGGCCGACAGGCUGUUGGUCCAUCUAGUCUCUAGCUUCAAUCAUCUCUCGGAUUCUAAUCACCAUCAUCAACCCAUCCAUUCGAUCCUCAAUCCAUCCCUAUCCACCGAAAGUCCGAUCUCGACUGGGAGUCCGUCCGUUUGUCCAACAAGCACACUUAUCCCAGAUGACCAUCAAACAGAGAUCCUCCCCCCCGUUCUGCAACGAAAUAGUCGAAAACUGAGCGACCAGCGGCCACUCCAGCUGCUCAUAGAUGAAAAUCGAAUGGCAAACCGGCAGUGCCAUUUAGACACUCUCAAGAUGGCCAAGAUGAAAGAGAUUUGGACGGAUAUCUUGGGUCUUCAAGAUUCCGAUCCGUUCCGAUUGGAUCGAUCCUUCGAACAUUUGGGCGGUGAUUCAAUUGGGAUGAUGCGGCUGAUGCGAAGAAUCAAGGAAGAGUUUUACCCCGAGCCCGAAGACCCCAACAGCCGGAAUAGCACCUCUUAUAUCGACGGCUAUGGCGUCCAUUGUUGCACCAAAGAUGGCGACCAGAAGCGGCGCGAUAACAACAAGCUUCAUCUUGGACAUCCUGUAUCAACUAAUCCUCAAGGCAAGAUUCGCACUCUCUUUCAAGAGAUCAAGAACGGGAUCACUUUCAUCGACCUAGUCCGGCUCAUAUGA